GCCAAGGGCGGCUCCUGACAUCAUCUGAGAAAAUUACAGAUACACCUUUAGUCUGGUUUAAAUUAAAGGGCAAACUGCGAAAUUCUGAAGCUCGACUGAAUUUCUAUAACGGUUCCCCCCACAGCCAAAAGCUAUGGGAAGUUGCUGCAGUUCAGAGAAGGUCGAUGAGGGUGUUGUGGUUACUCCAGGGAAUACAACAUGGAGAAUGUUUACAUACAAAGAGCUGCACACUGCUACUAAUGGUUUCAGCGACGAUAACAAGCUUGGGGAAGGUGGGUUUGGCAGUGUUUACUGGGGAAAAACCAGUGAUGGCCUUCAGAUAGCUGUUAAGAAACUAAAAGCUAUGACAUCAAAAGCUGAAAUGGAAUUUGCGGUGGAAGUUGAAGUUCUUGGAAGGGUUAGACACAAGAAUCUGUUGGGUCUAAGGGGCUACUGCGUUGGGACCGAUCAAAGGCUCAUAGUUUACGAUUACAUGCCUAACCUCAGCUUGUUGUCUCAUCUGCAUGGUCAUUUUGCUGGAGAUGUUCAAUUAGACUGGAAGAAGAGGAUGAAGAUUGCAAUUGGUUCAGCCGAAGGCAUAUUGUACUUGCAUCAUGAAGUAACACCCCACAUCAUUCAUAGAGACAUUAAGGCAAGUAAUGUCCUGCUGGAUUCAGACUUCGAACCGCUGGUUGCUGAUUUCGGCUUCGCGAAACUAAUCCCAGAAGGCGUAAGCCACAUGACGACCCGGGUUAAAGGCACGUUAGGGUACCUUGCACCGGAAUACGCCAUGUGGGGAAAGGUCUCCGAAAGUUGUGAUGUUUAUAGUUUUGGUAUUCUCUUGCUUGAGCUUCUAACAGGGAGAAAGCCUAUAGAGAAGUUGCCAGGUGGUGUCAAGAGGACCAUAACCGAAUGGGUGGAGCCGCUUAUAGCGAAGGAGCGGUUUAAAGAGCUAGUUGAUCCUAAGCUUCGGGGGAACUUCGAUCACAACCAAUUGAAACAAGCCAUCUACGUUGCUGCUCUAUGCGUGCAGAGUGAACCUGAGAAGCGCCCAAACAUGAAACAAGUGGUUGGCAUGCUAAAAGGGUAUGACACUAGAGGCAACUUGAUGCAGACGAGAAUGGAUAGCGUAAAGUACAAGGAAGAAUUGCUGGCACUUGAUCAAAGAAGUGAUGAUGAUGAUGAUGAUGAUGAUGAUGAUGAUGAUGAUGAUGAUGGUGAUGGUCUUGAGGAAAGCUGUGGAGUAUUUGGCGCUAUGGAGGUGCAAAAGAUGCAAGAUCCUUAUAACCGCUAUGGAAAUAGAAAAAGUACCAAACAUAUUUGAGAAAGUUUAAUUAAUUGCAAUGCAAUAUUCUUGAUUUUGUUGAUAUCAACAGCCACGAAUUUACUCUA